AUGUCUAACUUUACCUCCGUGACUGAAUUUCUCCUUAUGGGGUUUUCUGACAUCAGAGAGCUACAGAUCUUAUAUUCUUUGCUUUUCUUUCUCAUUUACUCAGCAGGCCUGAUGGGGAAUCUCCUCAUUGUCAUCAUCACCACCAUGGACAGGAGACUCCACACCCCCAUGUACUUUUUCCUUAGGAAUCUGUCCAUUGUGGAUGCCUGCUUCAUAUCAAUAACUAUUCCCCCAGCAUCCAUCAACUUCCUGGUGAACAACAGGGUUAUAUCAAUUACUGGAUGUGCAACACAGAUAUUUCUGAUGAUUGUCAUGGCAUAUGCUGAAUUUACUUUGCUCACUGUCAUGGCCCGUGAUCGCUAUGUUGCCAUCUGCCAUCCACUCCAUUACCCAGUGAUCAUGAACCCUCGUGUGUGUAUGCAGAUGACCUUAACCUGCUUGUUCACUGGCCUUUUGUAUGCAGGUUUCCAUACUGGGUUAACAUUUCAAUUGUCUUUCUGCCAAUCUAAUGUGAUCAAUCAGUUUUUCUGUGAUAUCCCCUCUCUUCUGAAGAUCUCUUGCUCAGAAACAUUCAGCAACACACUAUCCUUACUUGUUUCUGCUGUGGUGGUUGGGGCUGGCUGCUUUACCUUCAUCACUGCAUCUUAUAUUAGAAUAUUUUCCACUGUGCUUAAAUUUCCAGUGAAAGAAGACCAAAGAAAAGCCUUCUCUACUUGUGUCCCUCAUAUCAUUGUGGUUUCUUUGUUCCUUAUUUCAGGCAAUUAUGCAUACCUACAACCACCUUCAGAUUCUGGGUCCUUUAAAGAUAUAAUCCUUUCAAUAUUCUAUUCCAUAAUACCUCCCUCUCUGAAUCCCAUUAUAUAUAGUCUAAGGAACAAGCAGAUAAAAGAGGCUGUAAGAGUGGUAAUGAGGAGAAAGUUUUUGUUAAGGAAUAAAGCAUAA